GGAUAUCAAUAUCAGUAUAUCACACAUUACUACCCUCCAACCCUCUCGUUUUGUCGCAUGUCACCGGAGCUGAGCUCGGCUCCGCUGGAGGAGCCCUGUCUUUGUCUGUUAGUCUGUUACCAUUACCAUUACCAUUACCAUUACCAUAGCAUAGUAAAGAGAAGCAACGCUACAAAGCAAAAGUUAGGCUUCUGAUUCUCUGUGCGUUUCUACCUACUGCUUUCAGAUCUCUUCUGCAUUAACAACCUCACCCAACAACAAAUAUGUCCAAACCUUGGGGUGGAAUCGGUGCUUGGGCUGCCGAUGCCGAACGUGCCGAGGCCGAAGAGCGCGAGAGUGCUGCCGCCGAUGCCAAUUCCAAACUUGCCGCCGGCGCUGUUGAAUCCCAGAAUUUUCCCAGUCUUAAGGAAGCCGCCGCUACCAAACCCAAGAAGAAGAAGAUGACCUUGUCUGAGUUCACCACUGGCACUUACGUCGGUGUCGGAGGAGCUUCCCGUCGGGAUUCUUCUCUGGAGCCCAAGGGUUUAACUGCCGAUGAGAUGCUCCGCUUGCCUACUGGACCCAAAGAAAGGACUCCCGAAGAGAUGGAAUACGGUCGUCUUGGAGGUGGAUUUCGAUCUUAUGGCCGUACCGGGCCUCCUCCGGGACGCUUGCGGGACAGAGGCGACGACACUGAUGGCUCUUGGGGUGGUGGUGGCGGUCGGAGAUCUUAUGGGGGUUUUGACGACGAACGGAGGGCUCCCCCACCUAGGACUCCUGAUUUCGAUCAGCCUUCUAGAGCUGACGAGGUCGAUAAUUGGGCAGCGGCAAAGAAACCGCUCCCCCUUUCUUCCGCGGAUUCUGGACGACAUGAUCGUGAUCGGUAUGGCUCUCUUGGUACCGGAAGUGGUGGUUCUAGGGCUGACGAAGCUGAUAACUGGACUAUUGGUAAAAAGCCACUUCCUGCUAGAUCUACAUCUUUUGGUUCAGGUUUCAGGGAUUCCACUCCGGAUUCAGAUCGGUGGGGCAGGGGAGGAUUGCGUGACGGGGAUCGUGAGCGACCGCGGCUUGUUUUGGAUCCGCCAAAGGGCGAUGUAGCUCCCAAUGAACCUGUGAGAACGAAUAGAUCCAACCCAUUCGGUGUCGCACGCCCAAGAGAGGAGGUUUUAGCUGAGAAAGGAAUGGACUGGAGGAAGUUAGAUUUGGAGAUUGACAGCCGGAAGGCGAGUCAGCCGACAAGUUCUCAUUCUAGUAGGCCUUCAAGUGCACAAUCGAGCCGUCCAGAGAGCCCUGCCGCGCAGGCACCGGAGGGAGCACCAAAAACUCGGCCAAAGAUUAAUCCUUUUGGAGAUGCCAAGCCCCGAGAAGUUUUAUUGGAAGAGAAAGGGAAAGAUUGGCGAAAGAUUGACUUAGAGUUGGAGCAUCGUGGUGUUGACAGGCCUGAGACAGAGGAAGAAAAGAUGCUUAAAGAAGAGAUUGACCACCUUAGGAAGGAGCUAGAGAAAGUAGCUAUUGAUGCAAAUGGGGAAUCUCUGCAAGAAGCGUCUGGAGGAGAGCAAACUACAUUACGUGAAUUGAUACUUCACAAAGAGAGGGACCUAGAACUGCUUAUUCGUGAUUUAGAUGACAAGAUUCGGUUUGGGCAAAAGGUUGUUGAUAGGCCUGGCUCAGGAUCAGGCAGGUCUGCUUCCUUUCCUGAGAGGCCACCCUCCCAAUCUAGUUUAUCAGAGGAGUCUAGAAGCAUGGAAUUCAUGGAAAGACCUAGAUCCCGUGGCACUGGAGAUGUAUGGAUAAGGCCUGGAGACGACAGGAGAGGGUUUCAGGGAGGAAGGGAAAGAGGUUUCCUUGGUAAUAGGGACAUAGGCAGGUCUAAAUCUAGGGAGAGAUGGUGAGAAGUCUGUUGGUGUGGGUUCCUUGGAUUUUCUUGUUCUUUUUUGACACCAAACAGAAUAAUGUUUACCCUUUCUUUGUUCCAUUUUGUUUUGUUUUGCUCUCUUUUCCUCCUCUAUGGGUUUUGCACUGGAGAAAGGCAGGCGAAAAGCAUCCAAUACCAGAAAAACCUUGCAUAAUUUAUUGUUACCUCCUGAUACAGUGUAAAAUUGCAAAUUUUUUCCUCUCAUGAUGAGGCAACCAGCCUGUAGUCUUCUUAGACUCCCUCUCCUAAUUAAAAUUUUAAUGCACAUUGUCAUUGUGAGACUUACAUCC